UCUCAGUCUAACUUCUGCGUUCGGUUGUACCGGGUCCCCUCAAACGAUGGAUCCAUCUUCGACCGUCGGUCCAAUAGUGUCGAAUGCCGGGCAGCUAGUUUUACGGUUCACCUUGCUGGAUUAUGCUAUUUUCGUUGUGUUGUUGGCCAUUUCGGUGGUGAUUGGAGUGUACUUUGGAUUCUUCUCCAAGAUCAAACAGAACAAUGUGGAAGAGUACCUGCUGGGUGGAAAAUCUAUGCCGAAAUUUCCGGUGGCUGCUUCACUGAUAGCAACAUUGCACCAGACAAUAGCCAUGGAGGAAGACGCCCAUAUGAUGGAAGAGUUUGAUGAAGAUCCCCUGCCCACCGUUGGGACACAUUUGUCGACGGAUCGGAUUCCUAGCACCACCAGCCUGCCUCCAACAAGCGCGAUCAUCACCAGCCUUAUGACGGAAGCAGCGAAGAUCCUCAGUUCUACGCUACCCUCCACUAGUACAACGCAUUCUACCUCUACCGAAAACUCGGCGACGCACUCAUUCUCUAGCAUAGCAGACACUACGUCUCCGUACCCAUCUGUGUCCGUUGAGGUUGCAGACAGUGAAGAGUUGCUCUUCUCCGUGGUCGACUACGUAAUAUUUAUUUCGAUGUUACUACUUUCGGCACUCAUUGGAGUUUACUUUGGGUUUUUGUCCAAGGUGAAGCAGGACAACACCAAGGAAUACCUGCUUGGUGGAAAAACCAUGAACAAAUUUCCCGUGUCAGCUUCGCUUAUCGCUACACACGUUUCUGGAAUAACUCUAUUAGGAGUGCCCUCGGAACUCUACGGUCAUGGGACCCAGUAUUGGUUAUGCAUCAUUGCUGCAUUUUCGGUCAACAUAUUGAUGGAGAAAAUCUACCUGCCAGUCUUUUACGACCUUCAGGUGACUUCAGUAUUCACAUAUCUGGAAACACGAUUCGAUCGGACAGUUCGGUCAGCAGCUAGCUUCGUCUACGCAUUGGCUUGCAUGAUUUACAUUCCAAUUGUGGUAUACGUUCCAGCUCUAGCUUUUAGUCAAGUAACUGGCAUAAAUCUCCACCUGAUCACACCCGUGAUAUGCAUCAUUUGUAUAUUCUAUACGACUGUUGGUGGAUUGCGAGCCGUCGUUUGGACCGACACGUUGCAAUUUAUUCUCAUGAUUGGAGCAACACUGGCAAUUAUAUUCCUGGGUAUUGCCAGCGUAGGAGGAUUCGUUGAUGUCUGGGAAGCAGCAGAACGAGGUGGUCGAUUGGUCUUUUUCAACAUGAAUCCCGACCCGUUCGUACGAACAUCUUUCUGGACGGUUACGUUCGGCCUGUCAACCAUGUGGAUCGCCAAUCUGGGAGUCAGCCAAGGCUGUGUUCAACGAUUUCUUGCAGUCCCUGAUUUGAAAGUUGCCAAAAAAUCUUUGAUUAUUUUCACCGCUGGGCUGAUCUUUAUCAAAAGCUGCUCUUGCUUCACGGGGCUUCUAAUGUACGCCAAGUACGAAUCGUGCGAUCCUUAUACCAUCAGGAAAAUCAACAAAUUGGAUCAAAUCCUACCAUACUAUGUGAUGGACGUCGGAGGUAAAAUUCCUGGCCUUCCUGGACUGUUCGUUUCCGGAAUCUUCUCAGCCGCCUUAUCAACCAUGUCGUCCAGCUUGAAUACUCUGGCAGGUACUAUCUACGAAGACUUCAUCCGACACCGAUAUCCCAAUUCAAGUGAGAAAACUGCAAGCAACGUGAUGAAAGUGCUGGUUGUGAUACUCGGAGUUAUCGUCAUUGCGUUGGUAUUCGUUGCAGAAAAGAUGGGUCAAGUAAUGCACAUGGCCAUUUCGCUAUCAGGGGUUACAUCCGGUACACUACUGGGAAUGUUCUCUUCUGGAAUGCUAACCACAAAAAUAAACACCAAAGGCGUCAUCGCAGGAUCCAUCGUAUCAAUGAUCUCCAUUAGUACAAUCUUGAUCGGUGCCCAAAUGAACCCCAAGCAUCCCUUCAUGCCGUUCCGCACCGAUGGAUGCGAUGCUAGUUUGCUUCAAAAUGUAACUCUGGUAACACCCCCGCCAAGUACUGUUCAGGAUGACAUUCCUCAGAUCUUCAAGCUCAGUUUCAUGUACUACGCGUUGCUUGGAGUAAUCAUCUACUUUGUGGUGGCUUACGUAGUGAGCCUCAUGACCGGUGGAGGAGAGAUUAACGAUCAGCGGUUGUUGGCUCCUUUCCUUCGGAAUCAGAAGCAAUAUGAGAAGGAACAGGCUUUGAGGAGGCACAAUAUUCAAUACACGGAAAUUGAUCUGGCACUGAAAGAGCUGCAAAAGGCUUCCGAUUUGAAAAAAUGAUGUGGAUAAGCGUUAGCUUUAAUUAAUAUUAGUUAAUUAUUUCGUUAAUAAAUAGCAGCAAAAAUAAAAUCAAUUUAAAUAUUA